GUAAUGAUGGCGGCGGAAAGCCGUGAGGCGGGCAGAGCAACCGCGCUAAAGACAGCGACUCCCGCCGCCGGCAGCUGCGACAACAACGACUACUAUUCCCCUUCAGCUCGUCCGACUGUACCUCGAACCACCACCACCACCACAACAACUUCAAUUGUCUCGCCCACUUCUUCCUCCUCCCAUUCUUCCUCAUCAGCCGCCUUUGCUGCUGCUUCGCAUACCUCUUCUCCCUCCGCUGUUCCUCGUCCCCCUCAGAGCCGUUUCAGCUUUGAAUACAACUAUCCUCUUCGCAAACGAGCUCUGACAUCGUCGCACACCAGCGCCGCCAACUCUUCCGUCCAGAACGGCGACGACACGCAUCCGGGCCCAGACCCGACUCCGACCCCCCAACAACGCACCAUCCUGUAUGACACACCCCGGCGGUCAGUCCCCAACUUCCAUUUGUCCCACGUUCGCGAUCCAGCGGGGUUUGGCUAUCAACCAACGUCACCUCGACGGGUCGUAGAAAACGAACCCGACCCUGCGCUACCCCUUGACGCUCCCUCGACGGUUCGCGCGACGAAUACAAAUGCACCCAAGCGUCGAAAAUCCUCUCUUUAUGAUCAGCAGACGAUUCCAGACGUGAACGAUAGAAUGUCCGCCUCCUCGGUGGUUUAUGCUCAGGGGCGAACGCCGGCUGACGAGCGCAGUCGCGGUGUCGAUGGGUUCGACCGAUACAACCAGUCAGGAGACGGCAACAAGACGCCGGUCGCUGAUGAUACUCGCGCCAAAAACGAGGAUAUUUUUCUAAACAUUGCGAGAUCGGAUUCUGGUCGUCGCGAUUCGUUCGGGCGAUCAGAGCUUCGACGGUCGCGAUUCAGGAUGUCUGGUAGUGGACUUCGUUCAUCAACCUCUCGUGUUUCGGAACAGAUGCCUCACGCCGAGCCGCUUCGCUUGAAUACUUACGAUAGCCCCUUGCAUCCGCAUCAAGAAUCUCCGUCCACCCACCACACAGCCGCCCUAUACUCUUACUCAGCUUCCGCCCAUCCACUGGAUGAACAUAGCCGCCCGUCCAGCUCGGCCUAUGUCCCCAGUUCCAGGUCCGCAAUUGGUCUACCACGAAGUCGACUGGGCCGGUCCAGUCCCGAACCCUUAUCCUACAGCCCCGAGUCCUACCCUGAGAGACGCGGUUCGCUGCACGAGUCCCGAGCCUAUCGCCAAUCGACCCUUUCGUCUAUUCGAGGCAGCCGACAACCAUCCAGCUCGGAUGUAACCGAACGCGCUCGAUUCGAGUCCGAGCGGUCCCGUCAAGAUGGGACGGAAUCCACCUUGUCUACAACUGCGCCUUCCACGGUCUGGGAUGAGCUCGAAGAUCUCAAGUCCCGAAUCAAAAAGCUAGAGUUGACCGGGAAGCUGCCGCCCUCGUCCCAGGAAGCGAUCUCCUCCGCUUCUGGGGAACGGCCACCGACGGCCACAACGACUAUGACUACGGUGUCGUCUUCACCCAGGCGUUCCCACAAGACAAGCACUUUCUCGGGUGAGGCAGAGGGCCCUAGCCCUGUCCAUCCGCUACUACAGUCGGCUUUGGUCAAUGCCAAGGACGUGCUUAGCAAUGAAGUCUACGCCGCUUUGGAGGUGACCGCUACCGACGCGCUAGCGCUCUCGACUCUGCUUGGCUCCAACAAGGCCCCAUCUGGUACCGGAUCCGUGGUCAAUGGGUUUAGCACAUCUGAUAGGCAGGCAAGACGGAAAGCAGACAGCGUUUGCCGCAGUUUAACCGAGCUGUGCCUUGCCUUAUCGGACGAGCAACACCGGAGACAAUCGGCCUUAGUCGUCAAUGGUAGAGCUGAGGAGGAGGAAAGACAUGCGCACGACGACGACACGUUGACUCCGACGCUGCCUUUUCGUCGAAGCACGACUCUUGAUUCCGAUGGGCUAGUGCGACGACAGAGCACCAAACGGGUAGGUAGCCGUUUAGAGGCCCGUCGAUCAAGCGUCGCAACUGCCAUUCCUUCGCCGGAGUCCCAACACGGCGACCAGAACAACGAACCAGUCUCAGAAGCGAAAGUGACCCACUCACCCAGUUCACCGGCGCCCACUCGGUUGAGUCGACUCUCGACUUCGUUACGGACCAAGCGACACCGGACUGAUGAUGAGGCCCUUGUUGAACAGACCCCGCAGGUUCGCUCGCCCACAAGAAGUAUCGCGGACCUUAGCAGCGCAGCAAACAACUAUCGCGUAUCGCCACGCCAGCGCAUAUCUCAUGGAUAUACUGCGUCCCAGUCCAAGGCUAUUGCAACGCCGGAUCGCAAUCCUAGAUUCUCGCUUCAACCUCAACCGUCGCAACUGCCUCAGCCUCGCACGCCUACCCUCUCACAGUCUGCGAUUCCUCUGCGCCGGACUUUGAUGACUCCAGGUUACACCCCUGCCACUGCGCGCUCGAACAUCCAAGCGGGUUAUCGUCGGUACGGUGCAGCAUCUGGGCUGAGCUCUGCCACUAACACGAGUGAUGGAUCCGUUGAGGAGAGCGUCUUAUCUCCACGACCAGAGGCUUCCCAGACUCGAAUCAUUGCACCCUCGAGCAAAUUAGCUACGAGCUACACCCCGAUCAGCCAAAACCGAGUUCGAACCAACAGUCUAGGCGCGCGGAAAUUCGGGCUUCGACCGCGGUCACUUGCUGUGUCAGAUGACGCUAUCAACACGUUCGAUGACCGAAUCGAUUAA